UUGCUUAUCCAUCAUAUUACCCAUACCCCAUUGAACUACUUUUUCUAAAUCACUAUGGCCAUUGGCAAAUUUCUUCUUGUUCCUCUUCUUUUGAUUGUUCUAGUUUCAGGAUUGGCUGAAAGCUUUGAAUUCGAUGAGAAGGAGUUGGCAACAGAGGAAAGUCUAUGGCAGUUAUAUGAGAGAUGGGGUAACCAUCACACGAUUUCAAGGAACCUAAAGGAGAAGCAUAAACGUUUCAGCGUGUUUAAAGAGAAUGUGAACCAUGUGUUCACAGUGAACCAAAUGAACAAACCAUACAAGCUAAAUCUGAACAAGUUCGCAGAUAUGUCGAAUUACGAGUUUGUGAACUUCUAUGCUCGCUCUAAUAUUAGCCACUUCAGAAAGUUACACGGAAGAAGAAGAGGAGCCGGUGGAUUCAUGUAUGAGCAGGAUACAGAUCUUCCAUCAUCCGUUGAUUGGAGAGAAAGAGGAGCUGUCAAUGCAAUCAAAGAGCAAGGAACAUGUGGUAGCUGUUGGGCGUUUUCAAGUGUGGCUGCAGUUGAAGCAAUCAACAAAAUCAAAACCAACCAGCUAUUAUCUCUAUCAGAGCAAGAGCUGCUCGAUUGCAAUUACAGGAACAAAGGUUGUAACGGAGGAUUCAUGGAAAUAGCUUUCGAUUUCAUAAAGCGAAAUGGUGGAAUCGCCACUGAGAACAGCUAUCCCUACCAUGGAUCAAGAGGACUCUGUCGCUCAUCCAGAAUAUCUUCACCGAUAGUUAAAAUUGAUGGAUACGAAAGCGUACCGGAAAACGAGGAUGCUUUGAUGCAAGCCGUCGCAAAUCAACCAGUCUCUGUCGCCAUCGACGCCGCAGGAAGAGAUUUCCAAUUUUAUUGGCAGGGAGUAUUCGAUGGAUACUGCGGAACGGAGCUGAAUCACGGAGUGGUGGCGAUUGGGUACGGAACGACGGAAGACGGAACAGAUUAUUGGAUCGUGCGAAACUCGUGGGGAGUUGGAUGGGGAGAAGAUGGUUACGUAAGGAUGAAGCGAGGAGUGGAGCAGCCAGAAGGUCUGUGUGGAAUAGCCAUGGAAGCUUCUUAUCCCAUCAAGUUUUAAGCUCCAAACUAUAUUUACAAGAUUUCUAGACAGUUAGAAAAAUGGGAUUUAGAAGCAUUGAGAUCCCUUUUAUUAUUAUGUUUAAUUUAAUGAAUUGCUAAAAUAAGAAUUUAGUAUUUAUUGUCUCAUUACACUUUAACUAAAAUACUUUUGUUUCAUUCGUUCA